AUUCUUCCAUCUCUCAACCUCAGUAUCCAAAAAGACUCGGGACCAAGAAGCGGUGAAUUAAAUUUGAGGAGAACAAGAUAUUAUAUGUUUUGAUACCGAUACCUUGGUGCCAUAAAGAGAAAAUUGUCAUAAAAUCGGGAAGGAAAUUCGUUAAUUUGUGCUUCGCUCUAUUUACAAAUCCCAGGAGAAUAAUUUUUUAGAAACAAUAUUAUUUUAUUUUUGAAUUCUGGCAAACUAACGACGGAAAAGUGCAGAUGAUGAACGAGAGUGACAGAAUUAAUCACAUUAAGAACUAAAUCCAGGAUAGAGAAAAAUUUUACAGUCGUUCAAGAAUUGCUUUUUAAUUGUUUUGUUACCGAGUGUGGCAUCACUUUACGGACUAUAGAGGAAGCUCAUUUCUUUAUCUCAUACUCCGGAAGUUCGAAAACAGUUUUUAUAUAUAUAGACAUAUUUCGUGGAGGCAGUAGCCACCCUUAUAAAAGGGUAAUGGAGUUGAGGCUAUUUUAUUUCUGCCUCUUCCUGUUAAUUUUAUCAGUCCAAUCCGGUACCAUAACUAAACAACUACAAUUGGACAAUGAUACCAUAGAACCAAGUUAUAAACGCGUGUGCUAUUAUACCAACUGGUCACAGUAUAGAAAACAACCUUCCAGAUUUUUACCCUUUAACAUUGACCCUUUCCUGUGUACACAUUUAAUCUUCUCAUUCUCCAAGAUAGAUUACAAUGGACAUUUAGCUCCUUAUGAAUGGAACGAUAUACAAUAUCCACAUUUGUACCGACAAUUCAACGGUUUAAAGAAGAAGAAUCCCGUACUUAGAACUUUACUAGCUGUUGGUGGUUGGACUCACGGAUCUAAACCUUUCACGGAUAUGGUGAAAACAGACGAAGGCCGACAGUCGUUUAUAGAUCAUUCCGUCCAAUAUCUCAGAACUCAUAAUUUUGACGGCUUAGACCUAGAUUGGGAAUACCCAGCAAAUAGAGGAAGUCCCGUGGAGGACAAGCAGAGAUUUUCACUGCUAGUAAAAGAACUUAGACAAGCUUUUGAUCAAGAAUCAGAACGUACUGGUAAAGAGAGAUUACUGUUGACAGCCGCUGUUGGAGGUGGUGAGAAAAUUGUGGAAUCAGCCUACGAAGUACCAACGAUAUCCAAAUAUUUGGAUUUCAUAAAUUUGAUGAGUUAUGAUUUAAAUGGUGGUUGGAGUAAAAUUAUUGGUACUAAUGCUGGUCUUUAUCCGUCAAGUAACAUAGAUGGUAAACCCAAACCUUCGGACAGUGUGGAUGGUGUCGUACAACUCUGGUUAGAUUUAGGAGCAGAUCCGUCUAAGUUGGUGAUGGGGAUUCCCCUAUAUGGUAGAUCAUUUACCCUCUGUGAUGGCGAAAAAAUAAACGUUGGUGAUAAAAAUUGCGGUGUGGGCAAACCGGCGCCUUAUACCAGAGAAAAGGGAUUCAUGGCUUAUUACGAGGUUAAAGAGAAACUUAAGCAAGGCUGGACUAGGAAAUGGCUGGAUGACCAACAAGUACCCAUAGCCUAUAACAUCCAGGAGAAACAGUGGGUUGGCUAUGAUGACGUAGAGAGUGUUAUAAUUAAGACCGAAUACAUUAAAAAGAAGCAGUUGGCUGGUGCUAUGGUUUGGGCUGUUGAUUUAGAUGAUUUCGCUGCUCUACAGGGUGAAGUGUACCCAUUAUGUCGAGCCAUAAGGUCAACCCUUGAAGGCAACGUCCGAUUUCCGGAUUUCAAUCCACCCCCUAAGCCCAAAACGCAUAAACCAACGCAGCGCCGAAGACUGCGAAAAAAUAAAAUUGUUUCCGCGAAAAGUAAACCAUACAAACCAAAAGACAAGAAAAAAGAUAAGGAAAUAACCUCAUCAACAUUUAAAGAAAAUAAAGUUGGUGACGGAAUUGUAACCCAUCCAUCCAUUCUUGUCCACACCGUUCAUGAUACAGAUAAUGUUCUGGACACGACCCCUUCCAGACCAGAUAUAAGUACAAACGCUCCUAAAUUUACGGCAAUUACUCAUAUUCGUGUAUCGUCGACCUCUAUGUCAACAACCACGAAACCGUCAGAGAGCACCGGUACAGACAAAACCAAAACAGCACCAUCUUCUUGGAGAACAACCGCAACUAGAAAAUAUACAACACCCAAGAUGACUAGCAAAUAUACAACAUCCAAGUCAACUACUAAAACCACAACCGUUACAACUACUCCAUCACAGAAAGUAGCAGUGCCAAAAUCAAGGACAACCCAACGAAUAACAGCAGCCCCCAGAUACACCGUCAGUCCCACCAGACGAUAUUUAUGGCAGACAAUGAAAACAGACCCAUCAAUCAAGAUCACAAAAGAUGCUGUGGCCAAGUACAGAUCAACCAGCACAACGCCAUCAACCCAAGAGGCAUCAACAAGAGCGACCAUAACUAAUCCCUCGCCAAAAGAUGACCAGGCUGAAUCAAGUUUAGUAUCAUCACCUAGAAUAAAAACCACGUUAUUGGCAUCUUCAUCAAUCGUCACAGACAAAACCACGCUGCCGUUUGGAUCAUCUAGUAUUGCUGAUGCAACACCAAGGAUCAGUAAGGCCACUCAAGCACCCGUUCUUACCACAACAAACAAGAAUCGUGGCAUCGUACCAAACCCUUCAACAACCCAGAAGCGCUUUAAGAAUGUUUUCAAAUCAUACAAAAAGAAACUAUUAUUCCCAUCACGAGAACCGAAAAAGAUGAAAUCCGAAAUUCUAUUUCCAUUUAUUCAUAAACCAAACAUCAAAUGGACUCUGAAAAGGGAAUCAACAAUUGUUUCGACUACCCCACGAACACGAACAACAUAUACAGAUUCACAUAUACCGCAAAUGCACAUGUCCACUCGAAAGAGACCAUCAUCUAGAAAUACCACGGUCAGUGCUAAGAACCCAUCCAUAAAAACAACAACACCAGGAACAAUUACAACCAAGAAUGCUGCACCAUCAAAAUUUAAUACAAACAUGAAAAAAGAAAGUCGUUCUCCUUUCUCUAAGAAAGAUUAUCAAGCUAGGCAGCAACCUGACAAAUACAAACUGAAUAAAACUGAACAAGCAAUAAAGGUUUCUAGCAAAUCUGUAAUGAAAACCGUCGGACCAGAAUUUGAUUCUAGAAAGAUUCUAACGCCACUUGAAACAACUAAAGUAACGACGAUAUCUAGCACCAAACUUAAGAAGUGGGUGACACCUAGCAAACAUUUAAAAACCUCUACAGUUAAACCGGAUGAAGGCAAUGUUCGGUCUCAAUUAAUACCCUCCAAAGAUUCACCAACUUCUUCAAUUGAAAUGAAUUCCUCGACACCAACAUUACAAAUAAUGACACAAACAAGAACCCCGAUGACGAAUAACUUUGCUGUGGGUAUUUUCCAAGACAUGCAGGCCAAAUACAAGAAAAGCAAGAAGUACUGGACAACGAAACGGCAAAAGAGUGAUACAACGACACCCAAAUAUGAUGCAACGAUUCCGCGUAGAACAACUGGCAGUAGAAUGGGCUACAUUACCCUAAGGCGACAUAAAACAAUGGGAAACCGACCAAAGAUCACAAAAAGACCUGCCAAAAUUACUACCAAAUCAACGGCUUCUACGAGUCGGGUAACAGUGGCGACACUGAAAUCCUCUGGUACUACAAUCGGAAAUACCACGCGAUCUUGGUCCCCACCAACUACGUAUUCUAGUAGACCAACGACAACCGUUACCAUCCCAAUAGAAGUACUUGCAAGGAAUCUCAAUUCAAGAAACAAAACUACACAAGAAAUGAAAACCAAGAAUUCAACCUCUGUUCCCCCAAAAAUCACUGUCGUAACUCCCAGUUUUCAAGCAGUCAGCUGGACACCUAUGGUAACAACCCCAAUCGGUACUUCAUCUACUUCGAAUAUUCCCGGAUUUCACAUUAACGUACUUGAUCAUAAAGUUGGAGUAACGUCUCUGAAAGGAAACAGUUUGAAAGAUAUGAACUUAGGAUUUAUUGCUAAUGAUGUAAAGGACAAAAAAGGAACUACGAAAGACUACAAACCGUUUACCAAUCCAUUAAAUAAAUUUGCAUAUACUGAAAUUGGACAUCCUGUAGAAAAGGAUCCUAGAUUUGGUUUACUGAAGAUACCAAGGUUAAGCAAAAAAGUACUCACACAAUCGCCACCAAUGAUUUAUCGAUUGAUGACUGUAAAGGAAAAGGGCACACAGACGCCAAUGACAGAGGGUGAUAUCAUCAUUAGAAAGGGCAAUGAAAAGAUUUACCAAUACGUAUUCCACACCACCAAAUCACCUAUAACCAUGCCAUGGGACCUGCCGAAGAGGAGGAACAACGAAAAGAAAUUGCAGAAAUUACGUUUGAAAUUAAAAAGCCGAUUUUCAAGACCUCCACAUUCUCAAUAUACAAGACCUUCACAAUUUUUCAAGCCACCAAAAAUACAAAAUAAGUGGAAAAUAAUAAAAUCAUUAGCAUCUACGCAGAAUUUCAAACCAUCGACGAUGAUACCUACGAAGACGAAGAUACCAUUGGAGACAGCUUUAUAUAAAAUAGAUGACCAAUUUAAAUCAAGUAAAAUUAAUAAUAUAAGAUUAAGAACUGAUGUAAAUUAUGAAGUAGAAGCACCUCAAGUGAUAGCCAGACAAAACACAAAUACACUACUACGAGAAAGAGGUAUGACUUAAUCAAAUUGCCUUGAUAUUGGAUGCACAGAUCUGAUGGUCCUAUUUUGACUUGGAAACGAGCAGUGCGAUUGACAUGCAAAAUCUUCCCUUUGAUUAACGCUGAUUUUUGUCAAGUUUAAACGGUCUAUCGAUGAAUGUGUGAAUGUCAUAACUGCUCUCACUAGAAACCCAUGAAUGACAGAUUCAUUUCAUUUGUUUGAUCUUGUAAGACCUAGAUAAAGUAACCGAAACUAAUCUAACUUUGAUCAGAUUGAUCCGAAGUGCAAGAAAGGCCUUUUAAACGUGUAUUUCCAAAUUGGACUAAGAGUACAGUUAUUGCACAGAUAUCUCUGGUUAAGACAACAUUCGAUACUUGGGUAUAAAUUGUAUUAUAAUAUCUCAAUAUUUUUUCGUUUAUUUAAGAUUCUCUGUGAACUUUCACUGAGGGAAACAAAUUGGUUAAGACUUUCUGAAACGUCCAUUCUUGACAGUCUGCCAUGCCGUUACAUUUUGUAUAGACCAUCUGAAUGUGCAUCUAAUAUUAUGGGGAUCUCGCUAUAUCGAUAUAUUUACUAUUUUCAUGACCACCAUAGGUUUUUCCUCAAAUUUAUUAUAUUAAGAAUUGACAUUGCUCUAAAAAAAUUACCAUGAUUUUAAUCUACGCUAAUCAUAAUAUGUCUCUUAUUUCAGCAGUAACCAAAGUAAAUUGCCAUAUUGGUUUAAAAAUUACGAAGUAGAUAUUUUAUAAUUCUGUCCUUGCGAUCCCAACGCAGAAAUAUAUCAAACCUUAGUACCCUAUUAAAUGUUCAUGACAAUAAACAAAGGGGGUACAAUAUAACUAUCUGGCCUUUUCUUCCAAAUAGAUAUUUAAUCAGAGAAAUUAUUUUGCCGAUUAAUUCUUUUCCAUCUAUUUUGAAUUUAGGAUUCCAGAGAAUCGUGUAUUACUUUAGAGUUGUUUUUUUUAUUAAUUUUCUAUAUCUGAUUGAAUUAUCAAUUAUUUUAUUUCAGAGCCAAAGGUUGUUAUUAACUUUUCCCGGCUUUCGAAGAAAGUGGGGGACUAUUAAAAUGAGUUCGUACGUCGGUCUGUCAACAACUCUGAAAGUUCACGAAAGUGAUUAAACUUGGUGUAUAGUUUCAUUAAAUCAAUAAGCCCUAGCUUGACUAAGUUAGACAUUUAUCGAUUUCUUAGGGUAAGCACAAUAAAAAGAUAAAUGUGCAAGUAAUUAAUAAUGGGCAUCUAAUUAUUUUGGGAUUAAGUCUAUAUAUAUUUUACUUUUAUAGCUGAGUGGAUUAUUAAUUAUGAAAUCAUAGGAUUAUUAAUUAUUAUGUCCCUGAGCUGAGAUGAUUAUUAAUUAUUGUAUUUAACACCAGAUAGAAUUAUCAAUUAUUUAUUUGUAGAGAUGAGAGAAAUAAUUAUUGUUUAUUUCAGAGUCAAGGAAUGGAAUAUAAUUUUUAAUCAUUUAUAUUUUACAGCUGAGAGGAUUAUUUACUAUUGACAUUUCAGCCUUGAGAUGACUGAUAUUUUUUUUUAUACUUACAGCCUAGAGUAUUAUUUAAUAUUUAUAUUUUAGCAAUGUGAUGACGACUGAUAUUUUUUUAUUUUUGCAGCUGAGAGGAUUAUUUAUAUUCAGCCUUGAGAUGACUGAUAUUUGUUAUUUAUAUUUCUUGAGAAUUUACUAUUUAUAUUUUUGGAUUAUUUACAUUAUUUAUAUUCCAUCACUUGAAAUGAUUCCACAAUUUAAAAUUUGUUUCCCCCCCCCCCACCAAAUAAAUUAUGUAUAUAAUAACCGCAUUAUGCUAGACGCAAUCAAAGCAUUUUAUUGGAAAUCAUUCUAAAAAAAACCAAAAAACAAUGAACUACAUUUUAUUUAUAUCACAUUGUUUAUACUUCGUUAACUAAAUUGUUUUAUUCCAGAUUUGUAAAACAACAUUAACCAAGUUUUUAUUUAUUACAGCAAGAAAACCCCGUCAUGAAUAUUUACCUUCAAAACUAAUUUGGGGUUUUGCUUAUUUGAGUAAUAGAUGCAUAAUAGUAUAGUGUUUUUUCGGGGGCCUUUGAUUUUUGAUGACGUUUUUUUUAAUUUGGAGAUAUUUAUGGAUAAGCAUCUCCCAUUAAAAAGUGUGAGGACUUUGGUUUCAGUUGCGCUACUGGGUAAAAACUAAGAGGAAAGGCAAAACCUUAAUACAAGUUUGUUCUAGAUAUUUAUUUAUUUUUUUAGAUUUUAUUUUUUGAGUGUGCUUUAUUUUUUCUUUUGAUCUUAUUAUUAUUCUAUUUUCUACAAUAACUUAAAAGUGUGUGAAAAACUCGUGCAUGAAAUAAAAGCUGGACGGAAUGAUCCAUCAUACUUAUUUUUGGUCAUGUUAGAAGUUUUUCUGGGAAAAUUAAUCCUAGGUCUGGAAUAUGUUUUCUGAGUUUGAAGUAGUUUUCUUGGCUAAGUUGAUGUUUAGAUUUCAAGAGCACUUGGUAUCUUUGUGAAUUACUUUAAAAAAAACGACACUUAAUUUGCAUGUUUAAAGCACGUGCAAUACUUACCUGUGUGAUACUUAAUUCUAAUUCAAAUAACAUUAAGGAUAGAUGGAGGAAGGGUAACAUAUUGAAAAAAAGAUGGCCAUAUGUUUUUAACGAGCAUCGCAUAAUAAAAAAGCAAAGUUAUUAUUGAGAUGCCGAGGCGACAUUAAUGAAUUAUUAGCGCCAGAAUAUAAAAAAGUAACAAUAAACAGAUUGAUUAUCGCCCGGAAUCGCACAAGGCUUGUGCCAGUUUGAUUACCUUCAUCUAUCGUUAAAAUGAACUAAUUUUGAAGUUGUAGAAUUACACAUUGAAGGGAUAUUUUACUGAAUAAAACCAAACCAAUAAUAGGCUUAUACCAACAAGAAUUUCAGUGCAAUGAGAUUCAAGUGGUUCUUAAACAAUCAUUUUCAAAAAAUAAUCACAUUGUUUCCAUGCAUAAAAUGUCCCUUCGAAGGUUCUUAAAUUUACAACUUCAGUCAACCAAUGCAUGAUAAUUGUGAUUGAAUCGUGAAAGUCAAUAAUGUUCAUUAUCAAAACAAAACAAAAUAUGUGCUUAAAACGGGCUGGUCAUAAGGUGAGUUCCAGUACUGCCAAAAAACAAUGAACUCAAUGUUUCAAUAUAGGUAUACUUAGAGGGCUUGAGCUGUUUGAUGGUACCCUUUCCCUUUCCAUGUCUUUUUGGGUAUUCCAUAGAUAUCUGCUUCGAUAUUGCCCCUUAAUGGAAUUCUGCUUGGGGUAUAGUAAUAAAGGUAACUGUUGAAAAGAGUCACUGGCUUGGUCAAAAUUUUACUACUCACUUUUAUUAAAGAUGCAUAAUGUAAAAUUUAGAUACAUACCUGACCGUUCUUGCUAUAAUAUUUAAAGACUGAAUAAUAAAUAAUGAAUAUAUUGAAAAUUUCAGUCAAAUUACUUUAUUAUGAGCGAAGUUAUGAAUGUUUGAAGUUAUGACAAGAUUUAGCCUAAAUAGUCUUGAUUGUCAAGUACCAUUGUCUGGGUUGUCCAUUUUAACGUUAACCGAUUAUGGUCUAAUGCAUUCAAUAUCUCAACCACCGGAUGACUAGAGAGGGGAUUAUGAGCUCGUCACAUAAAUACAUGUCUAAAUAAUAAUUUAUAUAACAUUUGAAAACUGAAAACUGACCCACAAUAAGCAGAUUUAGUUCUUACAUUAUGCAUCUUUAAAAGAUAUUAUUUUUAUUUUGACCAAGUAAAUGAUAAAUACCCAAGGUUCCCCUCCUGAUCACAUUGAUAAGCUCGUUUAUGUAACGCUACGAAGGGAAGGACCUUUUUGAUUUUAAUGAAACAUAAAAGUGUGAAUUUGGUAAGUUCUGGUGUGUCAAUUUAAUUAUUUGGAUUUAUCUGCCACUGAGACAUAGUCAAACGCCGACAGGGUAUGUUUACAACAAAACUUUGAACUCCCAGAUACCGAUCGUGCACUUCUCUGCCAAUAUCUUAUUUUUGAUGGCUUGAUCCAGCUAUAAUGAAUUCCGAUUGAUUACUAAACAUUUUUUAAAAAUAAUCAGCCGUAGAUAAUCUCGCGUCGUGAAUUUUACCAAACUUAAUGUCGAUGUUGGCUUGUUUAUAUCUUCGUAAACACUGAACUAAAUUGAACCCUUUUUUAGACUGCCUCAGUGGUUAAAAUUUAAGCAAUCGGAUCAAACCUUCUACUUCUAAAUUGUCAAUACAAAAUCAUACACCAAUGAUUAUUUCUAUUCAAUAUGGUCCGAUAUAGCCAUUGCUUUAGAAACAAUGAUAACAUUUUAGGAGUUAGGGACAACACCAUUAUUGGUCGAGUGUUGUGAUCCCCGGGUACAAAUCAAACACCAGAUUUUAUAACCAAAUCCAUACUUCAGUUUUAUACAAAGUAAUCCUUCCCGUUUCAAUUGCAUGUUGUACAACAAAUUCUCACUUCGUCUAUUUUUAUACCAAAUUAACAUCCAUAUCGAUUUAGAUAUGGUAGAAAAAAAAAUAAAGAAUCAAAUCUAAUGUUUAAAAAUGAAAUUGUCCUUAACAAUAAUAUCAUUUUUUUUUAUCGAAUUUUACGUGGAAAAUGACAAAUAUUUUGUCGAGAACAUGAGAAUUUGUUAAAAAUAAUUGGAAACAUUUAUAGUAAAUAUAUAGUGAGGCUCUGUAAACAUCUACGUUUGCGUCAACGUCUGUGAAAACGGAGAAGGAGGGGCUGUGGAAUUGUAACAAGAUCGUGAUGGGUUUGCAGCAUGCGAUUCGGAAUGAACAGCGAAUGGUAGAUAUGGCGGCUGAAUACAGGUAGUAUUUUGAACUAAAGAGGUUAUAGGUCAAAUAUAUAGAACACCUGGAGAGAAAAUAGUCCGUUCUCGUGUUUAUUCUAUUUAUUUAAAAAUUUAGUUUACGGGGAUUGUGCAUUUAAGAGGAAUGUAGCAUUUUCCAUUUACUACUAAAGUAUUAAGAAACAUUCGGAUUAUGUGGAACCGAUAUCCUCUUAAAUGAGCAAAUCUGUACUAAAUUU